GCGCAACUUCCACACAUAGAACGUUUUCGAAAAUAUGUCGAAAAGAAAAGGAUUAAGCGCGGAUGAAAAACAAAACAGAAUGCUAGAAUUUUUCCACGAAACAAAAGGAUUCUUUCAACUGAAAGAACUUGAGAGACAGUGUGCGAAGGAAAAAGGUAUUCCUAGUAUGACUGUAAAAGCCGUUCUCCAAAAUUUAUGUGAUGAUGCGAAAGUGGAUACGGAAAAGAUUGGUACUAGCGUGUAUUUUUGGUCGUAUCCAAGUAAAGAAUUCAUGCAACUAAAGAAAACAAUUGAUAAAUUGGAUGUCGAAAUGAGCGAAAGGGCACAAAGAAUUUCUGAGAAAGAUAAAGAAUUAGCACAAAUUUCAGUUGGAAAAGAUGAUACAGAAGAACGAGCUGAACUUUUAAAACAGAUUGCAGUUUUGGAAAAAAACUUAGAAGAAGCAAGAAAUUCUCUCAAAACUUUAUCGGCUUGUGAUCCAAUGUUCUUUGAAGAACUCAAACUCUCUAAGGAAACCGGUAAAGUGGCAGUUAACCGAUGGACCGAUAAUAUUUUCGCUUUAAGAGCAUAUAUAAAUAGUCGAUUUCAUAUUCCUGAAGAAACUAUAAACGGACAAUUCGGCAUUUCUAACGAUAUAGACUACGUUUAAUGAAAUUGUUGAAUUGAAAAUAAUACAUAAAUAGAUGAUAAGUUGUUUCUAUAAUAAACUUUU